UUACGCCAUUUUGUAAUUCUGAACAUGUUGAUUCGUUCUUGAAGAUGAUUUUCUUAAAGCAAAUAAUUAAUUUAGCUAGAUUUAAGUAGUGUAGUGCAUUAAUUUAAAUAGUAAUAGCAAGAAAAGCCAUAAAAUGGAUACGUCGGAAGUAAAAGCGUUCAACGCGGAGUUGUCCGGGUUGUACGAAAACAAGCCGCCUAUAUCAAAGGCAAAGAUGAGCGCUAUCACUCGAGGUGCUAUUAAAGCAAUAAAGUUCUACAAACACGUAGUACACAGUGUCGAGAAGUUUAUACAGAAGUGCAAGCCCGAAUAUAAAGUGCCUGGUUUAUACGUGAUAGAUUCAAUUGUGAGGCAGUCGCGGCACCAAUUCGGCCAGGAAAAGGAUGUUUUCGCGCCGAGGUUCGCCAAGAACAUGCAGCAAACCUUUGCGAACCUCUUUCGAUGUCCUGAUGAUGAUAAGCGGAACAUAAUCAGAGUGUUGAACCUGUGGCAGAAGAACAGUGUGUUCAGUCCAGAGGUCAUUCAACCCCUGCUGGACAUGGCCGACCCCAACCACCCCCUGCACCAGGAGAUACAACAGCAACAACAAAACAACACUGCCAAUGGAAGUAGCCUUAAUGUCUCCCACAACACGACAGAUAAUAGGAUUUCACCCAUGCCUCGUCAGGAGUCUGCUCAUAAUUCACCCAUGAUGGGUGAUCAGUUCCAAGAUGACUCAUCGGGUCCCCAACCGGCCAAGUUCAACCGCAAGCUGCUGAACGACUUCGAAUACGAGAGCGAAGACGACGCGCCGCCCGAGCCGCACAACAGUGCGCCGCACCACUCCGCGCACGGCGCUAGCACUACCACCGACACACUGGGCAGUAUAUUGACAAAUCCAGAAAUCAUGAGGCAGCUGCAGAGUCUACAGGCGCAAAUGCAACUCAUGACUGGAAUGAAUCUGCCUAAUUUGAUGCAUCUCCAACAGAUGUCUGAUAUGCAGUUACAGCAGCAGAACCAAAAUCAAAAUUUACCAUUUUUAAAUUCGCAACAGGAGGCGCCAAAGCAACAGAACGAAGCGAAGGACGACAUGGCCGAGUCUGACAUAGAGUUUGUAGAGACGGGCCCGCAGGUCAUAGAGAUACCAGACGCCAAUGACUCCAGGAGAGUACAUAAAAAUGACUGUAACUCCAGAAGUCCGUCCCCAAAGUCCCGGAGGCACAGGUCGAGGUCGAAGUCACCACGGAGAAGACGGAGAGGCUCCCGCUCCCGCUCGCGCUCUCCACGAAGACGAAGGGACAGAGAUCGAGACAGAGACAAAGACAGAGACCGGGAUCGUGAGAAAAGUUACAAGGAACGGGAAGCGGAGAAAGAAAAACAGAGAGAAAGAGAAAAGAAAGGGCUACCUCCUAUCAAAAAGGAAAACCUUAGCGUGUGCAGCACGACGUUGUGGGUGGGGCACCUGUCCAAGCUGGCGACGCCGGAGGAGCUGUCGGACCUGUUCGGCGCGCUGGGCGGCGUGGUCUCCAUCGACGUGGUGGCGCCCCGGGGCUGCGCCUUCGUGGUCAUGGAGCGCCGCCGCGACGCCGCCAAGGCGCUCGCCAAGCUCAACAAGCACAAGCUGCACUCUAAGGAGAUCACCGUGGCGUGGGCGGCGGGCAAGGGCGUGAAGGGGCGCGAGUGGAAGGACUACUGGGAGGCGGAGCUCGGAGUGGCGUAUCUGCCGUGGCCGGCGCUGCACGCGCGCUGGCUGCUGGGCGCGCUGUCGCUCGACGCGCUGGAGGACGGCGGCGCGGUCGACGAGGAGACGCUGCCCCCGUGGCUGCCGCCGAGGAUAAUACCCAAAGCGAUACCAGAGGGCAUGCCCAUGAUGGGCGGCCUGCCGCCCGUGUCCGCCGCGGGCAUGCUGGCGGGUCCGCUGCCCGGCCUGCCGACGGGCCUGCCGCCCGGUAUGCCGCCCGGCGGGCUGCCCCUGCCCGCCGGCAUGCCGGUGCCGCCCGCCAGCAUCCCCAUGCCUGUUCCGAGGAUGCCGCCGCCCGGGAUGCCCGGUGGUCUGCCGCCUGCGCUGGCGGCGGGAGUGCCUGCAAUUAGGACUCCGGUACCAGGUCUACAAAGAGAUGCAACAAUGCCGCCCACGGGCCCAAUGCUAGGCUUUCCGCCCGGCAUGCCGCCCCAGACAAUGCCACAACCAGGCAGCGUGCCGGGCAUGGUGGGCGGCUUCCUGAGCGGGCUGAUGGGCGUGGGCAUGAACGUGGGCGUGGGCAUGAACGUGGGCGGGCUCGUGCUGCCGCUGCACGCGCCGCACCCGCUCGCGCAGCCCGCCAGGCCGCCGCAACACGCCAUCCAGCAGCAGCAGCAGCAGCAGCAGGCGGCGCGCGAGGCGGACGACGCCAUGGAGCUGGACACGUCGGAGCACGACGACGAGCCCGCGCCGCCCGCGCCGCCGCUCUCCUUGGACCAGAUCCAAGCGUUACUCUCGAAACCGCCGCCCGCUUUCAACUCAUCGGAGCCCCCGCCCGGGUUCAACCCACCCGACACACAACCCACCUUCGACUCCACCCAACCGCCGCCCGACGACAAGCGUGACGACGACCGGCGAGACAGGGACAAAGAUAGGCGGGACCGCGAGAGAGACAGGGACAGAGAUAGGGACCGUGACAGGGAACGGAGGGACAGGCGGGACAAUCGAGAUCGGGACCGAAAUGACAAUCGGGAUCGGAAUGAUAACCGAGAUCGUAAUGACAUCCGUGAUCGCGAUAAUCGAGAUCAGAGAGACAAUCGAGAUCAAAGAGAAAAUAGAGAUCAAAGAGAAAAUAGAGAUCAAAGAGACAAUAGAGGAGACGUUCGGGAUCGAGGGGAGAAUCGGGACCGUGACAGAAGGGACCGAGGUGACAGAACGAGAGAUAGAGAUAGAGAAAAAGACGACCGAAGAGGCGGGAGGGAAGACCGGGACCGCGACCGCGGCGAACGGGGAGACCGAGGCGACCGGCCUGACCGAGCCGACCGACCCGACCGAGGCGACCGAAAUGACCGGGGCGACCGGAAUGACCGGGGUGACAGGAGUGAACGAGACCGGGGCGCCGGUCGCGACCGGAGGGACCGGGACGGUUCCAGCAGAUUCAGUUCCAGGGAUAGUAAUCCAGAAAGAAGUCGCGAGAAGUCCCCUCGCAGCACAAACGCCAGCGAACCAAACUCAGAGAAGAGUCUGCAAGAGCGGCUGUGGGAGAUGGCCAACGGCAAGAGCGACGACGCGCGCCCCGACGAGCAGCCCGCCGACUGCGACAACCAGCGCGACAGUCGCGCGCCGCUGCUGGACCUGCCGCCCGCGGCCGAGGAGACCGACAUGAGCACCAAUAACGAAGGUGGCGAGGAAGCCGGAGGCUGGACCGCAAUACCGCCGCCGCGCGCCCACCAGCCGCCCGCAUUCAGGGCUGAACUAAGAAUGAGAGGUCCACCCGCUAGACACCCAAUGAGAGGGCCGUGGAUGGAUAUGCCGGGGCCGGCGCCCUUCGGGCCUAGGUUCAAUGGUAUGGGCCCCCCGCCGUUUAACAGACCUCCCUUCGAGAGACCCCCCUUCGAAGGUGGCCCGCCGAUGUUCGAGAGGCCACCGUUCAAUCGCAUGCCAUUCGAUGGACCACGCCCACCGUUCGACGGCCCCAGACCGCCCUUCGAUGGUCCGAGACCAUUCGAUGGACCGAGACUUCCGUUUGAUGGACCGCGACCUCCGUUUGACGGUCCUAGACCGCCGUUCGAUGGCCCCCGCCCGCCUUUCGAUGGACCGAGACCGCCCUUUGAUGGCCCGAGACCGCCCUUCGAUGGUCCACGACCACCAUUCGACGGAUCGCGGCCACCAUUUGAUGGACCGAGACCGCCUUUCGAUGGUCCGAGACCACCUUUCGACGGACCUAGACCACCUUUCGAUGGACCCAGACCACCUUUCGAUGGCCCUAAUCCGCCGUUCGAUGGACCCGGACCCCGACCGUCGUUCGAUGGCCCGAGACAGUUCGACGACUUCGACGGUGAUAGAUCCUUUGACGGACCGAGAUUCGAAGGUCAACCCGAGUUCUUUGACAGGGGCAAUAGGAGAUUUGACGACAGAGAACAGUACAAUGACAGAGGUUGGAACGGAGAUAGAGACAGAGAUUGGGAUAGAAGAAACGACUGGGACGAUAGAAGGAGAGAUAGGAGAGGUGGAAGAGAUCACGAAGACCGGUAUAACAGAGACAACAGAGACAGAAAUGACAGACGAAGGACAUUCGAUGACAGAUCUAGACCACCCAGAGAGGAACAACAGCAGGAGAGGAAAGAGAGAAGGGACAAAGAUAGAAAAUCUAGAUGGGGGGCCGCGGAGGAGAGUCAGCCGGAGGAGAGUAUACCCCAGGAGCCGUCCAGUGACGCAAUCCAAUCAGAACAAGCAGAAGCUGCAGACUCGACCAAUAGCGCACAACAAAGUGCAGAGGAGAGCAACGCUAGUGAUAUGUUAAAUGCGCCAGAAGCAAUUUCAGAAGACAACAGCAAUAAAUACGAACCUGGAGAAAAUGAAUCAGAAUCUAAUGAACCAGCUUACACUGAACAAAAUGAUCAAACAUACGAACCGAAUGAACCUACAGCAGACGCGAUGGACACUGACCAAGGGCCGAUGGAUCUUUACGAUGCGAACGAAGCUGUGGACACCAGUUUCGCUGCAGCUCCAGUGGUCGAUACAACGUCCACAGACAUAGACAAUACACAAAAUUGUCAAGAAGAGGUAGCAAAAUCAGAUGACAUAUUCAGCCAAGAGCCGGCACCUAAAGAUGUCCCUCAAGAAAGCCCAUUAGAAGCGGCCAGUGAAACUAGUGAAAACAUAGAGGGGCUGGCUUGACACAGGAGAAAAUGGCAGACUGGAUAUUUCCAAUGGAAAUGAUUCGGGUGAAGCGAGCGGACUCACAGACACCGGCCCGCGCAGUGGGACAGGAGACAGUGCGCGCCUCCCGGCUAUGUCUACAAUAUGUUCACAGAGAAACCUCCUUUUUUCGGAGAAGUCGGUUACAGAAGUCGUUCCGUUUCACGAACAAUGGGCAGUGACUUAGAUAAUAACUGUAAAAGUUAUCUUAUCAGACUAUUUAAACUAGAAGCAAUAUUAUAUUUAUAAAUUUGAAUUCGAGUAGUGUUUAGCAAAAGACAAUACGACUUAGCCGUAAUUUUUUUUUAAUAUUUUGUGCCUUUAAGUUCUUUAAAUUUUUUUGAUGGACAAAAUUUAUAUUAUUAAUUACGUUAAAAGAUCCUUGAAUUCCGCUCGAGUACAUUUUUCUUUUAUAACAGAAGGAUAUAAAAAUAUAAAGGAGAGUUGAUAAACAUUUAGAAAUACUUUAGCUACCGUGAUUGGAAGCAAAUUAUAUAAAGUUUUCGCCAAUUUCUUGACAACGAUGACGUCACACGUCCCAUAGUCCGUGAAAGGGAACGCGCCACGGGUCGCGCGCCCGCCGUUAUAACGCCAAAGAUUAUUUUUUUAUACAAAAAUUGAAAUAUACGAGUGCCUUAUGGUGUAGCUGGUGUUUUGUUUGCCUCGCCGGCUAGGGAGGGACGCGGGAGGGACGCGGAAGGGAGUAGUCGGCUGCACGGCGGCGGCGGAGGAACGCGCCUCGGCGCUCAAGUGGAGCGACCGGGGCCAGGUACGGUGCACGCGCGUCUAGAACAAUUGCACAACUGUAUCCUCUAAUGCAUCACAUCUACUUACUUUUAGUCUUUGCCAAACCUAGGCGUACAGCUCGCGUUCGCGGUGGCGUGCUCGGUUACGAUCAGCAGGCCUAUUAUGUGUAAUACGGCCUCGGUGUACAACUCAAAUAAUUUCAAUGAU